GGGGGCGGGAGCCACGGCCGCUGGUAUACUUUGACAAGACCGCGAUGCUCAUAUGGAGACGUGACCGUCUGCUGAUGGCGCUAUCGACGCUAGGCUUUGUUCGCUGCUAUCUCUCCCCCAGGCUGGGCGGGACGUACCCGUGCAGCAGCCGUUCUGUACAGCAGCGGCUUUAUCGACGGUCGCGGUCUGCGGGCGACCGUAGCAGCAACGACGUCGUGGGCCCAAAGACUAGCGGCGGGGGUGCUGUUGAGCAGGACAGCCAUGUAGACGAAUGGGACACGUGGGAGUUUGGCACUUGGAAGACGCGAACACACAGCGAGAACGUGGCGGAGGCGGCUGCCCGGGCGGCCGGGCCCGCCAAGGUAUCGACAUUUAUCGGCACGAGGGCCCUAGUCGACCAGACGGCCCCCGACCUGGAGAGGGCAGUGGACCUUCUGAAGGGCUAUCUUUCGGAGGACAGGUUGUCUAGGAUGGAAGACGUGCUCGAUCAGCGCACAAGGAGUGCGACGCUUGUGUUCGAGAACCCUGCCAACCCAAACAACGUGUGGGCGUGCCUGAGGACUCUCGACUCGUUCGGAAUCCAGCACGCACACAUCGUGUCAGACCCCUCCACGUACUCCAAGCAGGCACGCCUGAAGACCAUGUGCACGGCUAUGGGCAGCCAGAAGUGGCUGACGCUCCAUGGACACGACAGACCUGAAGAUGCCGUAGCCAACCUCAAGGCAGAUGGAUACCAGGUGGUGGCGAGCGACCUCUCCCCAUCAGCUGUACCCAUCAGCGAGAUCGACUGGUCCGUGCCCACCGCGGUAGUGCUGGGGAACGAGGAGCGAGGCAUAUCGGACUCCAUGCGGGAUAUGGCGGACGCUACGUUCGUGAUUCCGAUGCGAGGGUUCGUGAGAUCGUUCAAUAUGUCGGUCGCGUGCUCCAUCAUCCUCGCACAUCUUAGCGCAGUCAGGGCGCUCAAGCACGGCGAUCUCUCGGAGGAUGAACGAAGAGAGGUCGCGGUGACCUGGCUCAUGCAGUGCGUACGGGGUUCGGAGCACAUCUUGAAGCGAGAAGGGAUCGACAUCCCGCAGGAGAUAUUCGGGACCGACAAGCAGCGGCCGCAGAACAUUGCCGGGUACCGUGUACGAUGAAGAGAAAAGAUGCCAAUGUGAUCCUACCGAAGCCUAGAUAUUUUAUCAAUAAAUAUGCUGCCAACGUGUCUUGAUUGAAAAUUUUGCCCUGUGUGUAGAGUUCUCCUGCGGUGUAUUGUAGGUGGGAAGAGGUGCGCGGGGAUCUGAGAUUGAUUGCAACGGGAGUUGUAGCAGGGAUGGAUGUGUGUCCACGGGGGGAGGGCGGGUUUGCGAGCUGUGGUUGUUCAAUCCUCAGUUUCCCGAGCUGUUGUGUGCGUUCCAUGGGUUUGUACUGAGGAAGCGGGUUGACACCUCGUUCGUUCAUGUUCAUGUAUUUGACGUAGUAACUAAAAUCACCACCAUACGAUCGCCAUUCGAUGAGGAAAAAUAUGAUGCGCGGUCUUGCUCACGGCAAUUUGUUGUCGACUGUGCGACACGACAGUCCCAACAUUGGUCCGGUCCCGAUGAGUUGGCUUCGCGAGAGGAGCCACACUCAACGUCAACCUGAGGGAGCCCCCGACGGUACAAGUAUCCAAACGGCGCAGGAUGCACGCCUUGCACAGCAGUUCAGUCCAGCGUUGUUCGUGAACUGCGAACGCACGUUUGAUGACAGCGUUUGUCGCCCAACCUCGUCGCUGAGAUUUCAAAGUGCCAUUGG